AAGCUCCUCUCUGGGACAUUUAACCGGACAAGUUUUUUUUUUACAACGUCGUUGCUAUAUGACGAACCGGUUUCCGUGAUUUAACUCUGUGUCUGUUUAACCCCAUCCCGGAGGUUACCUGCUCCUCAGGGUGCCGUGGUCAAAACCCAGACAGCUGAGAAUCACGUGACAUGACGUGUAACCAGCAUGGCGGCGCUGAGCUGAGAUAGCAACUCCACUGGACUGACACCGAUAGCCUGGCUUUCGUUAGCUUUUCCUUGUCACCUGCUCGUUCGCAGGGCCAGGCCGAAGAUGACGGCCUGAGAGAGGAGCGGUAACAAGACUGAGAGAUGCAGCAACAACAACAACAGCGGCCACCGCAGCAGCAGCAGCAGCAGCAGCAGCAGCACUACUCGCAGUCCAAGGCAGAAAACAGUAAAACCAAGAGCAUGUUUCUGUCCAGGGCGCUGGAGAAAAUCCUCUCGGAUAAGGAGGUGAAGAGGAGCCAGCACAGCCAGCUGCGCAAAGCCUGUCAGGUGGCGCUCGAUGAAAUCAAGGCAGAGCUUGAAAAACAAAAGGAUGGAUCAGUGGUCCCACCCAGAGCCAACUACAUCGAGGCUGACAAAUAUGUGCUGCCCUUCGAGUUGGCCUGUCAGUCAAAGUCCCCCCGGAUAGUUAGCACCUCUUUGGACUGUCUGCAGAAGCUGAUUGCGUACGGCCACAUCACAGGCAAUGCCCCCGACAGCAGAACCCCAGGAAAAAGGUUGAUCGACCGGCUGGUGGAAACCAUCUGCAACUGCUUCCAGGGCCCGCAGACUGACGAGGGAGUCCAGCUACAGAUCAUCAAGGCGCUGCUGACUGCAGUGACCUCCCCGCACAUAGAGAUCCACGAGGGCACGGUACUGCUCACCGUCAGGACCUGCUACAACAUCUACCUGGCCAGCCGCAACCUCAUCAACCAGACGACGGCCAAGGCCACACUCACACAGAUGCUCAACGUCAUCUUCACACGCAUGGAAAACCAGGCUGCUCUGGAGGCUCAGGAGCAGGAGAAGGACCGGCUGCGACUGCCCCAACAGAACCCGUCUCCAGUCCCAGGCAAUCGGAGGUCCGGCUCCCCCUGGUCUGACAGGACGCCCACCCCGGAUCCCCAGAGCUCCCCGUCCCCGGCAGCCAGUACUCCAGACCUCACCACCACCAACACCAGCUCCACACCCCCACCGCCAGCCCCUGACGUGGACCAGGACCAACCGCCAGACACAACAUCAAUCAAUGGAGAACCUGAGGGCGACAACGAUCCGAUGAACGGAGGAGAAGAGCUGGUCACACCAUCAAGUGUUUUUGAAGAUGAGGGUGCAGAGACGCCUCCUACAGCGCCACAGCUCGCUGAGGAGGGGAGCAAACCAGAGAGCAAUCAAAACCCAGCAGAGUCAGCGACGACUGAAGGAGAGGAGGCAGAGCAGCAGCCGACACAGACACACAGUGGAACAGCAGGUGAGCACCCAGCCCACCCUGGCACUGAGCACACAGAGGUGGCUCCCCCCAGAGUGGCAACAGAGGGCCAGCAGAUGAACGGCAUCAUUGAGGACCGAUCCUCUGUUUCCUCCACAGAUAUGCUGGAUGCUGAGGCCCUGCAGGGACCCCACAACGCAGCCCGGUUCUCUCACAUCCUGCAGAAAGACGCUUUCCUGGUGUUCCGCUCGCUGUGCAAACUCUCCAUGAAGCCCCUCGCUGAUGGACCUCCAGACCCAAAGUCCCAUGAGUUGCGGUCCAAGAUUGUCUCCCUGCAGCUGCUGCUCUCUGUGCUGCAGGGCGCCGGACCAGUGUUUCGCACUCAUGAGAUGUUUGUCAACGCCAUCAAACAGUAUUUGUGCGUGGCGCUCUCCAAAAACGGUGUCUCCUCUGUGCCUGAGGUCUUCGAGCUCUCCCUGGCUAUCUUCCUCACCCUGCUCUCCCACUUCAAGGUCCACCUGAAGAUGCAGAUUGAGGUGUUUUUUCGGGAGAUUUUUCUGACCAUCCUGGAGACGUCGACCAGCUCCUUUGAGCACAAGUGGAUGGUUAUCCAGACGCUAACACGUAUCUGUGCAGACGCUCAGUGCGUGGUCGAUAUCUAUGUGAAUUACGACUGUGACUUGAAUGCUGCGAACAUCUUCGAGCGCCUCGUCAACGACCUGUCCAAGAUCGCUCAGGGCAGGAGUGGUCAGGAGCUGGGGAUGACUCUUCUGCAGGAGCUGAGUCUGCGUAAAAAGGGUUUAGAGUGUCUGGUUUCCAUCCUCAAAUGUAUGGUGGAGUGGAGCAAAGACAUGUACGUCAAUCCAAACCUUCAGGCUAACCUGGGCCAGGAGCAUCCGUCUGACAGCGAGGGAGGAGAGCUGAAGCUCCCGGAGCAGCUGAUCGGACGUCGGGACAGCAUCAGCUCGCUGGACUCCACCGUUUCCUCCAGCAUCCCGGUUUCCCAGGCCGACCACCCGGAGCAGUACGAGGUCAUCAAGCAGCAGAAGGACAUCAUUGAGCACGGCAUCGAACUCUUCAACAAGAAGCCCAAACGAGGCAUCCAGUACCUACAGGACCAGGGCAUGCUGGGUGCAACAGCUGAGGACAUCGCCCAGUUCCUACACCAGGAGGACAGACUGGACACGACCCAGGUGGGAGAGUUCCUCGGCGAGAACAUCAAGUUCAACAAAGAGGUGAUGUACUGCUACGUGGACCAGCUGGACUUCUGUGGGCGGGACUUUGUCUCGGCACUCAGAGCGUUCCUGGAAGGCUUCAGGCUGCCCGGCGAGGCCCAGAAGAUCGACAGGCUGAUGGAGAAGUUUGCUGCUCGAUACCUGGAGUGUAACCAGGGACAGACUCUGUUCGCCAGUGCAGACACUGCCUACGUGCUGGCGUACUCCAUCAUUAUGCUCACCACAGACCUGCACAGCCCUCAGGUGAAAAAUAAGAUGACGAAAGAGCAGUAUAUCAAGAUGAACCGCGGUAUUAACGACAGUAAGGACCUGCCCGAAGAGUAUCUGUCUUCUAUAUACGAUGAGAUCGCAGGGAAGAAGAUCGCCAUGAAGGAGAGCAAAGAGUUUUCAAUCACCCCAAAGUCCACCAAGCAGAGUGUGGCCAGCGAGAAGCAGCGGCGCCUGCUGUACAACAUGGAGAUGGAGCAGAUGGCGAAGACCGCUAAAGCUCUAAUGGAGGCCGUCAGCCACGCACAGGCGCCCUUCUUCAGCGCGACACACCUGGAGCAUGUCAGGCCCAUGUUCAAAUUGGCGUGGACCCCCUUGCUGGCAGCGUUCAGUGUGGGACUGCAGGACUGUGACGACCCAGAGGUGGCAUCACUGUGUCUGGAGGGCAUUCGAUGUGCCAUCAGGAUCGCCUGCAUCUUCAACAUGCAGCUAGAGCGAGAUGCGUACGUCCAGGCCUUGGCCAGGUUCACCCUGCUGACAGCCAGUUCCAGCAUCACGGAGAUGAAGCAGAAGAACAUCGACACCAUCAAGACCCUGAUCACUGUGGCCCACACGGACGGAAACUACCUGGGCAACUCCUGGCACGAGAUCCUGAGGUGCAUCAGUCAGCUGGAGCUUGCCCAGUUGAUCGGCACAGGGGUGAAAACACGCUACAUCUCAGGGGUGGUCCGGGACAGGGAGGCCGGCAUCAAGGGCUUGCCCUCGGGCACAGAGGAGUUCAUGCCCCUGGGGCUGGGUAACCUGGUGGGAAGUCAGGACAAGAGGCAGAUGGCUCAUAUCCAGGAGUCAGUGGGAGAGACCAGCUCUCAGAGUGUGGUGGUCGCUGUGGACAGGAUCUUCACUGGCUCCACCAGACUAGAUGGAAAUGCAAUCGUGGACUUUGUGCGGUGGUUGUGUGCGGUGUCUAUGGACGAGCUGGCCUCAGCACACCAGCCCAGGAUGUUCAGCUUGCAGAAGAUUGUGGAAAUUUCCUAUUACAACAUGAACCGCAUCAGGCUGCAGUGGUCUCGAAUCUGGCAGGUCAUAGGAGACCACUUCAACAAGGUUGGCUGUAACCCCAACGAGGAUGUAGCCAUAUUUGCUGUGGACUCUCUGAGACAGCUCUCCAUGAAGUUCUUGGAGAAAGGAGAACUGGCCAAUUUCCGCUUCCAGAAAGAUUUCCUCAGGCCGUUUGAGCACAUCAUGAAGAAGAACAGGUCCCCCACUAUCAGAGACAUGGUGAUCAGGUGUGUGGCUCAGAUGGUAAACUCUCAAGCAGCCAACAUCCGUUCUGGUUGGAAGAACAUCUUCUCAGUGUUUCACCAGGCUGCCUCCGACCAUGAUGAGACAAUAGUGGAGCUGGCCUUCCAGACCACUGGGCACAUCGUCAUGAACACUUUCCAGCAGCACUUUGCAGCUGCUAUAGAUUCGUUUCAAGAUGCCGUGAAGUGCUUGUCAGAGUUUGUGUGCAACGCAGCUUUUCCUGACACCAGCAUGGAGGCCAUCAGACUCAUCCGACACUGUGCUAAAUACGUCUCAGACAGGCCACAGGCUCUGAGGGAAUACACCAGUGACGACAUGAACGUUGCCCCGGGCGAUCGGGUGUGGGUUCGCGGCUGGUUUCCCAUUCUGUUUGAGCUUUCUUGUAUCAUCAACCGCUGCAAGCUGGAUGUCCGGACCAGAGGUCUCACUGUCAUGUUUGAGAUCAUGAAGAGUUAUGGCCGCACCUUCGAGAAGCACUGGUGGCAUGACCUCUUCAGAAUCGUGUUCCGCAUCUUUGACAACAUGAAGCUCCCCGAGCAGCAGACGGAGAAAACCGAGUGGAUGACAACAACGUGUAACCAUGCACUGUACGCCAUCUGUGACGUAUUCACCCAGUUUUAUGAGCCCCUCAGUGAAAUCCUGCUGGUUGACAUUUUCACACAGCUACAGUGGUGUGUCAGGCAAGACAACGAGCAGCUGGCGAGGUCGGGAACCAACUGUCUAGAGAACCUGGUGAUUCUGAACGGGGAGAAAUUCAGCCCCGAGGUCUGGAAAAUCACCUGCUCCUGUAUGCUGGAGAUCUUCCAAAACACCAGCCCUCACACUUUGUUGACAUGGCGACCGGCUGGACAGGAUGAAGAAACUGCUGAUGGAAAACAUUUUGAUGCUGAUUUUGACACUCAGUCCCAGAGCAGCUACGACAGAGCUCUGUCCGAGAGAGGACACAGCCAGAUGUCCAGCGAUGACACCUGGAAGGGCAAGUCCAAUGCUAGAGUUUCAGACCAGAAGUUGUUUGCUGGGUUGCUGAUUAAAUGUGUGGUACAGCUUGAGCUAAUCCAGACCAUAGACAACAUCGUCUUCUACCCGGCAACCAGCAAGAAGGAGGAUGCUGAGAACAUGGCUGCUGCACAGCGAGAUGCUCUGGAGGAGUCGGAGGCUGAGGGAGGUGAGCUGGGUCCAGAUCAGGGUAUGUACAGACACAUGACUUCUGCACAUCUCUUCAAACUACUGGACUGUCUGCUGGAGUCACACACCUUCGCCAAGGACUUCAACUCCAACAACGAACAAAGGACAGCACUCUGGAGGGCAGGGUUUAAAGGGAAAUCUAAGCCCAACUUGUUGAAGCAGGAAACCAGCAGUCUCGCCUGCAGCCUGAGGAUCUUGUUCAGGAUGUACUCUGACCCUCAGCUGCAGAACUCAUGGCCUGACAUCCAGACACGCCUGCUGCUGGUGUGUAGUGAAGCUCUGGCCUACUUCAUCAGUCUGACCUCAGAGAGCCACAGAGAGGCUUGGAACAGCCUGCUCAUGCUGCUGCUCACCAGGACGCUACGGCUGCCCGAUGACAAGUUCAAGCCCCACGCUUCCUGCUACUACCCCCAUCUGUGUGAAAUGAUGCAGUUUGACCUGAUCCCUGAGCUGCGGGCCGUCCUCAGACGUUUCUUCCUGCGCAUCGGCUCCGUCUUCCACAUCGCCGCUCCCGAGGGGGCGCCUGCCCGGACUCCUGCAUCCUAGAUUGGGUGGGUGCAGGAAAAGGUGGAGGGGACGGAUGGACAAACGGCGAUGAUGGUGGAUGUAACGCAUUAAAAAAGACGUUCGCCCCCUCUCUUAGCCUGGAACAGAUUACAGAGGGGCUACAAUGUGAGGAGGAAGAUGACAAAGACUGUAGCUUUUCUCUCAGUUCAGGACUCUGCAUUAAAGUGUUCAGCUUUUCUACUACUACACUCAGCUUGUAGAGAAGUCUUCACCCUGUCCUUCCUCCCUUCUUUUCUCUCGGGGAUGAACAGCACUGUGACCAGCGCUCUCUGCUGACUGUUGUCAUUCAUCAUCCCCCCCGACUCAUCUCAAACUGUAAUGACUAGAAAAGAACUGUAAACAAAUAAUUUAGUGAUAUUGUUGCAAACCCUGUACCUGAUUUUUUUUAAUACAUAACAAAAAAAAAAUAUCUACAUGCUCAAAGCAAUUGAACUAUAACAUUGAAUUUGAUGAACCUUAUAUUUGCCCUAUUUGCGAAAAUCUCUUUGGCCACCUGUGCCUGUUAGAAAAUGAUGACACCAUCAGUGUCGCCCUUAUUGUGAGUUUGGUGAUCUAAUCAAAAUAUGUUGUAAUAUCUGAACCCUUAUGUAUCAAUACCCAUCCCAAAGCUUUGUUUGUCACUUUUAAUGUUUAUGUUAUCUCUUAUUGUUUGUGUGUUAUAAUGGGCUGCUGCCGUUGUUGGAGAGACUGAAACUCGCAGGUGCAUUUGACAACAAUCUGCAUCUCUUACAACCCUAUCAAAGAUCUAAUGCAGCUUUGUUUGGGACGUCUUUGCUCUGUGACACAACCGUCCUGUCAUCUUUAUCAUUCUUGCCUGUCAGUGACAUUUUACUACUUAUUUAUUUUGCUCAUUUUCUUUAAUUUGUUUUAUGAUUUUUUUUUUUUUUUUUUUCAGGAUAAUUGCUGGUUUACAAUUUAAGGUUGGUUGAAAGACUGGCUGCUUCCCUCUGUCAUGCAUUCCUUCAUGUGUUGACCCACUAAGCCUUACACUGAAGGACUUAACAUGGAGUCAGCUCCUCCUGGCUUUAGUAUUACGGCUGGCUCAUAAAACCUUCCACUAACCCAUCAAUUAGCACUAUAAGGUGACACAGUGGUUGUUUGUUUCCCCAAACGCUUUUGCACAUCUUUUGCAGACAUGUAUUAACAUCAUCCAGCGGACCAACUUUCUCUGGAUGGUUGGAGUGCCCAUCAGUGUUGUGUCAGAUUCAACAGUAGAGUUCAGCCACAGAAGGAUUUAGGACCGGAGCAAAACCAAAGCUCCAAUCUGCAGAGACACUGGAAUCUCUGCAUCCUGGAUCCUUUGUAGUUUAUUCCAUGCCUUUUUUAAAGAAGGAUGUAUGUAAUUAUUUAAAGUGCAUUUAAAUAUUUUUUGAGAAGCAUUCCUUCCCUCGCAACUAUGGAUGUCUACUUUUCUUCCCUAAAGCUAGGGAAUAUAUAAAUAUAUAUAUACAGUGAAUGAAAAAAAGCAGACUGUAAAGUUUUCAAUGUAAGAUACAUAGAAAUGAAAGUGCUAUACGGUUCUAUACAUAAUAUUGUGAUGUAAUCUUCCAAGCAUUUGGUGAAGUAAUCAAUAAACCUGAAUUCUGAUCCAC